UAAAUUGCUUUCGCAAGACUUCAUGGGUAUGUUGGAUCGCAUAAUUUCGUUCCUACCAAGCAAGCGCCAAAUAUUGUUGUAUUCGGCAGCGUUUCCUGUAACUGUCGAGGAGUUUAUGAGGAAACAUAUUGAUAACCCUUACGAGAUCAAUUUAAUGGAAGAACUCACGCUGAAGGGUGUGACACAAUAUUACGCGUUCGUCAAAGAACGACAGAAAGUUCACUGCCUCAAUACGCUCUUUUCCAAAUUGCAGAUCAAUCAAAGUAUUAUAUUCUGCAACUCGACCCAACGCGUGGAAUUUUUUGUCGAAAAAAUCGUUAGACAAAAAGGAGAGGCAGCAGCCGUGUGUAAAAAAAAAAGAAUUUAUCUGGCAACGAAGAAUUCAUCUGGCAACGUUGCUUUGAUCGCACAAAAGUGGAAGCGUCUGUUGUCGUCCAGUCGUAGACCAUUCGUCCGUUAG